UAUGAAUCCAAGGAGCAUUUCUCCGCUUGGGGUCGCGAGGCGCAAACAUUGAAAGGAAGUGUGUGACCGUCUUGGAGCAACUGAAUGGUGCUUCGUCUAGAUCACAUGGCAUAUUGACUUCAAACGACACAGUGAGCACAUUUGAGAACAAAGACCUCCACCAUGCCAAGCAAGAUAAAGGGUGGUCACAAUCUUAGGAAUUUGAAUUCAUCUAAAGGUUCAGAUGCAGACAGCCCAUCUGUAACAAACAGGAGUCGGAGGGGAACGACCCCCAACACUUCCCCCAACACCAGCAGGCUAUCGUACCGGGAACAUAACGAUGAGGAGGAUGAAGAUGAAGAUCAGUACACAGACUCACAGGAAGAUGAUGUUGACAGCAGCUAUGCUACUACCAGAGCCUCUCCGACACCUAUGACUCCAUCCCCCAAAAUUCAACGUCGGGAUAAACUUCGAGGGAAUGUGUCUGAUAGUGACACAUCCCCCAUCCUUCAACAUCGGGCAAACCGUCGGGGAGAUAUGUCUGGUAGUGACACUUCACCACAAUACAAGAACAUUUAUCCGGAUUUGUCAACAAUGCAAAAAGAUGAAAGGCCUGCAGGUCCUGCAGCACCUAAGAAGCAGACGUCAUCCUCAAUGCCACCCUACAUGUGGAUAGGACUGGUAAUCCCAGUCCUUAUCAUUUUGGGAGUCCUGUUCUCUGCAUCCCUUAGGAAACCACCAUCACGCAGUCCAAGCUUUCAGGCCUUUGUGUCCACGGUUGAUGACCUUCAGUCGUCCUUCAAGUCUCAGGACAAGAGAACAUGGAAAACCAUCAAGUCAUCUGUCAAACAUAUUCUCAAUGCCACGGACCCCGGAUACCCAGCUGUUGUUUUGUUUGCUGUCCGGAAAGACCAUCCCGCGACUGCCAGCUGUCUGGCCCGAAGAGUUGCCUCCCUUUUUAACCAUCUGACGAGCAGUGUCGGAGAUGAUGGCUACGUGGAUGCAAGACUCUUGAACCAUCUUGAAGCAAGGGACCAGAAGGAAAGCCUUGACGAUAAAAUAAGGGCUAAUUUCAAGAGCGGACGAUCUGUGGUUAUUGAUCACCUUGAGGGCUUGUCCCCUUUGGCUUCCUUGCUGUUGCAUGGGAUCUGUGAUAACGACAAUGCACCUUUCAAAAACGUGUUUAUCGGGAUUGUGUUUUAUGUCGAUAGAGAACUGACCGUGCGGGAUGUUGACAUUGAACUAGAAAAGUACUUUAAGUCCGAACUUGAUAUGGACAAGAUUGGUGCACUGUUGACGAGGAUAAAUAACAAUGCAGUUGUUGUGAGGAAAGAGGAAGGGGAUAUUUCAUCGCUAUGUAGUUAGGAAGGAUGCAGAAUCUCACCGGUCCAGGAAUAGUGUAAUUAGCAAUAGAAAUGUUAAACUCAAUCUCGCUUGAACACAGCAUCAAAUGUUACUCUAAGCCUUCUUAAGCAUCUCAUUAAAAUGUUACCAGCUUAACAUGCUUUGCAUGAAAAAAUAACAUAUCAGCCAAAAUGAACCACCUCAGUUGACAAUCACUGAGGAAGAAAAGUCUCAAUCGGCAAUGAUCAGGGAAGGAAGUUGUCUCCCUUGAGUGGGGUUUUCAAAGUUGGGAAGCACAAUGAUGACAAAUUUUAUGGAUAGCAGCUUUUGUGAGUGCAACAUUUCGAUAGAUUCUUCUACCAUAUGUAUUUCCUUUCCUGUUUGGUACUGGUUCAAUAUUCUGUACUGAAAGGUCGCUCUCAAGUUGUUAUCCAUAAAAUGUGUCUUUAUUAAGGAUGUUGUUUGUUGAGAUUUGAAGGUUAAAAAGCCCCAGGUUUACUUGAUUUAACCCAAAAUUGUUUUCACCCAAAGAUAAUCUACGUUUUUAAAACGAAUAAAUAAAUUUAGAGGUGACAUUUAAAGUGGUAUACACAUAUGUAAUGAUUGUAUGGUGAAAGUUUCUGCUUGUAUGCGCAGAAACUUUGAGCCACUGAUAAAUCAAAUGGAUCUAUCUACUAACUAGGUUCACCUCCUUUGAUGAUGCUUCAUCAGCAAAUCAAAUGUCAAAUUGCACGUUGUGUACCACUUUACUGCAGAUAUAACAUACUCAUUAGUCCUAGCUUCAGAUGGGCAUUUUGUAAAAGGAAUUCUUUGAUAUUUUGAAAAGUAAGAGUUCCAAAGCAAAAAAUUACAUAUAAUAAUGUGCUAUUUAAGAAGGGGUUUUUUUCUGUAUGUUAUCUAAGGUAUGAAAUAUUGCACCGAUUCAUUACAAGACAGGGCCUUUGAUGUAAUACAUGUAUUGUGAUACAUGAUACAAAUUACAUUUGAUAUGAAAAGUUAACUGAAUGGGACAAAUGUGAGCAUUAGAAGCUGUCUACAAGCCAGCUGAUUUGGGGUAUUUUGGGCAUUUUGUAACUAUUUUUUAUGAACAGAUUAACAGCCCAUCAUUAAUUUGUACGUAUAUGAAAUGCACCCCAAAUAAAUGGUUUUGGUCUCUCCUUGUGUUCAGUGUUUCAGGGCAAAUACAGCAAUACUGCGGUACAGUGGUGCAUUCCCAACAUUCCCAGGGCUCACAUUUUGGUAAAGCUAUGAUUCAUUCCCAUGGUUUAGCAAUCAGUGGCUAG